AGAAAAAAUUACACAAACGCUGCCAACCUCUAGAAGACAAAAACUCAAGGUCCAACCACGGUGAGCCAUUAUUUGUGCUGUGGAGUUUUUAUCUGCUGGUAUCGUCUGUGAAGGGAAGUCUGAUCACUGAAGGAAAUGGGAGACUGGGGCUUUCUAUCCACAUUACUGGACAAGGUGCAGUCCCAUUCCACAGUCAUCGGUAAGAUCUGGAUGAGCGUGCUGUUCAUCUUCAGGAUCCUGGUUCUUGGUGCUGGUGCUGAGAGCGUAUGGGGAGAUGAGCAGUCAAGUCUCGUGUGCAAUACAUUACAACCUGGUUGUGAGAAUGUCUGCUAUGACUGGAAGUUCCCCAUCUCUCACAUUCGCUUCUGGGUCAUGCAGAUCAUCUUCGUGUCCACGCCGACGUUACUGUACCUGGGCCAUGCUAUCCAGGUCAUCCACCAGGAGAACAAACUGAGAGAGAGAAUAAAACAACAGCAUGAAAAGGGAAUGCUAAAAGCACCCAAAUAUACAGAUGAAGAGGGACAUGUGAAGAUCAAGGGCAACCUGUUGGGCAGCUAUCUUACCCAGCUGUUCUUCAAGAUCAUCUUAGAACUUGCUUUCAUCGUAGGACAGUACUACCUAUACGGCUUCAUCAUGGUGCCUGAGUUUGCAUGCUCGAGAAGCCCGUGUCCCCACACUGUCGAGUGCUUCAUGUCACGUCCGACAGAAAAGACCAUCUUCAUCAUCUUCAUGCUGGUUGUUGCAUGUGUGUCCCUGCUGCUUAACAUAAUCGAAGUAUUUUACCUGUUGUGCAGCAGAGUGAGAUGUCGCAAUGGGAAGAGGCGCAUGAGGAAUACCACGUCGGCCCAAAAUCCGGCCAGUUUGUCCUUGGUGUGGCAUUCUAAACCGGGAGCUGAAGACCCACUAAAGCAAAACAAGAUGAACAUGGAGUUUGAGAAUGAAAUCAGGAACGUUAGUGGUGCCAGUGAGGACAAACAGCUGUUGGAGGAUCAUUAGACGCAGUACAUUAAUGCACAAACUUUUUUCUUGUUUUUUUUCAAUAUUUCUUUCUGUAUAAAUCAGACUACAGGUAGAGAUUUUAGAAAAUGCUUUUGAGUUUCCAUUGAUAAUGUACAAAUGAUUUGUGUUUCCUGUAUGAAAUAUUAUUACCGGGUUACAUCCUGGUGUUUCAGUAUUUCAAUGUUAUUCUAUAUGAAUGCUAAUGCAAU